CUGUACUGUUGGUUUCCGCAGUUGCUGAAUCGUCUUCUGAGCGUCUUUUCUGAGAAUCCGCUGAUGAAAAUGGCGGAAGAUACGUCCUCGCCAAGCACAAAAGAAGAAGCAGCACCCGGUCCUAAGAAAACGUUGCCAAUGGAGUGUCUGCAACGCUUGCAAAAGUUCGAUGAGGCACUGACCUCGCUAGAGACAGCAUUGGCGCCUAUUCUCGAAGUUGGAUUCGAUGAUCAUCUCAAAAGAACGGCUUUAGAACUUGUUCAAGUGGACGUAAUGACAAUGUUCGUGCUCAAUUCGCUGGGAUGGUGUUUGACGGCUCAGCAAGGCAAAGAUCCAAAAGACAGCGUUCAGUUGGCAGACGAACUCAAACGCACGAAGCAGUACGUGGAUCGAGUCAAAUCUAUUGAGCUGCGCAAAAGUGCUCCGGGUCUGAAUAGACGAGUUGCAAAGGCUUUUGUUAGGAAUGCUCUCUGGGAGGUUCCUGGUAAGCGGGCAAAGCUAGGUGACUCUCUCGAAACGGAACUUGAUCAAACUGCCAGUGGCCAUGAGAGUUCGGAUGCCGAAGAAGGUGAGCUUGAACCAGACAUGGAAGAUUUAGAUGACAGUCCUUCUUACGUCGUAGCAAACGUUAAGUUUGAGGACGAACCUGAGCCACCACCUGCAAAAGUGAAAACAGGCAGGGGUACUUGAUUAGUUGUUUUCACUGUUAUCUUGUACAUUUUGUUGCCUAUGUUGCUUCAACUCAUAUUGUUCAAAUUACCAUUCGCUGGAUAAACACACUGUGAUCAUAAUGAGGAUUUUUGUUCUCAUCGGG